GUAAAGGCUGCUGUGAUAAAAAAUAAUUUAAAUCAUUAUUUGAUGAUGAACAACAAGAACAAGAAGGUGAGUGUUUUUGAGAAGGUUGAUGAAAUUGUUGAUGUGGUUGUCAAUGAGAUGGUUG